ACAACAUCUUCCUCCAACAAUGGAUCUUCUGUACAAAGACCCCUUCUUCCUUCUCAAGAAGAAAGGGUAAAUCCAACACAGCAAAAUUUGACCCUAAAAUUGCUAAUUACCCAACAAUUACAGCUAAAACCCUUAUUCUCUCUCCGAUCAAAUUCCGGCUGAAAUUCCGGCCACUUCGUUUCAGUUUCGACCGGAGACCCCCGCCAUGAUCACAACGAGAAAGAGUUUACGAUGAAAAUUAAUUGAUGUUUGCAGACUGAUUCGGACUCCAAUUUCAUUUUUUCCGACUCCUUUUUGGAGUUCAUCGGAAAAAUCAAUGGCCGGGAACAAUGCGUUGAAGGAGGUGACAACUUCCAGACCGUUGUUCUUGACGAUCUACGCCACCGUGAUUGUCGGAAUCUUAGUGUCUUCCUUUUACGUAUUUUCCGCCGUCUUCUCCGGUUCGAAUUCCGUCUCUUCUCCGUGGUUCUCCAGUUUAUCUCCCGCCGGCGACGUCGUUAGAGCAAGUUCACCGUCCUUCAAUGGCGCAUCUAAUUCUUCUCACGAAGUAGUAAUUGGCUCAGCGCCAAAUUUACCAUCACGGCCUAAAAAAACACCUUUGAGUCCGAUUUGGAAAGCACCUCCACCUGGUUCCGAAAUGCCGCCAUUAGAGACUUUUCGACUGACAAAGGAACUUGUUCAGCAAAGGGUGAAGGACAAUGUUAUAAUCGUGACAUUUGGUAACUUCGCUUUCAUGGAUUUCAUUUUGACUUGGGUCAAACAUUUGUCAGAUAUGGGCGUCGAAAACUUUCUUGUCGGUGCAAUGGACACCAAACUUGUGGAGGCUCUUUAUUGGAAGGGCGUUCCGGUUUUUGACAUGGGCAGUCAUAUGAGCACAAUAGAUGUUGGGUGGGGCACACCGACUUUUCAUAAGAUGGGGAGAGAGAAAGUCAUUUUGAUCGAUUCUGUCUUACCUUACGGCUUUGAGCUGCUUAUGUGUGAUACUGACAUGGUCUGGUUAAAGAAUCCGCUUCCUUAUCUUGCACGUUUUCCCGAAGCUGACGUCUUAACAUCCACCGAUCAAGUUUCACCUACCGUAGUUGAUGACCGGUUGGAUGAUUGGAAACUAGCUGGCGCAGCCUACAAUAUAGGGAUUUUUCAUUGGAGGCCAACUGCACCUUCGAUUAAACUAGCAAGAGAAUGGAAAGAAUUGCUUCUCUCUGACGAAAAAAUAUGGGAUCAAAACGGUUUUAACGACCUCGUUCGAAGGCAGCUGGGCCCACCUGUCGAUGAAGACAGUGGUCUUGUCUAUGCUUAUGAUGGAAACCUUAAAAUUGGCCUUUUACCAGCAAGUAUAUUUUGCAGUGGACAUACCUACUUCGUCCAGGCUUUGUACCAACAGCUUAAACUAGAGCCGUAUGCUGUGCAUACUACAUUCCAGUAUGCUGGUACGGAUGGAAAACGCCAUAGGUUGCGCGAAGCUAUGGUGUUCUACGAUCCACCGGAAUAUUACGAUGCACAAGGGGGAUUUCUAACAUUUAAACCCAGUAUACCGAAGAAUUUGAUGUUAGAAGGGGCGCACAACGUAGAUUCGCACUUUGCUCUUGUUAAUUACCAAAUGAAGCAGAUACGUACCGCACUUGCCAUCGCUUCAUUAUUAGGUCGCACGUUGGUUAUGCCUCCACUAUGGUGCAGGUUGGACAGGCUGUGGUUUGGACACCCGGGAAUUUUGCCCGGCACUUUGACUAGGCAGCCAUUUGUUUGUCCGUUGGAUCACGUCUUUGAGAUUCAUUUAAUGUUAAAAGAUCUCCCUGAGGAGGAAUUUGGACCGGGGAUUAAUAUUAGGGAGUAUUCAUUAUUCGACAAUCCAGCUAUGUCUCAGCAGGUGAAAGAUUCUUGGCUCGAUGUGCAUCUUUGUGUACCAGGAUCGAAAGGUUGUGAACUUUCGAACGGUACAACUCAAGCGGGAAUUCUCAAGCUCCCUAAACGGAGUACAGAAGAAACGUUCAAAACCAUAUUCUCGUCAUUCAAGGAUAAGAAAGUCAUUCAGUUCUCAUCAAUGCAAGAAGCCUUCUUAGGAUUCACCGACAAGAAAAGAGAAGAAAAAUUCCGAAAGCGUGUGAAAAUCUACCCAGGCAUUUGGUGCUGUGUGGAAAAUAAAACACCGGGGCAUAUAUACUACGAUAUGUAUUGGGAUGAAAAACCCGGUUGGAAAGCAUUACCUCCACAGACUCCGGAAGAGGAUCACCCGCCUUUUUGAUUUAAUUUUAUUAUUAUUAUUGGCGAAAAUGCUAAUUAUAAUAUUCUAAAACGGGACGAGAUAAAGUAAUCUCGAAAAUGGAGGAGAAGAAAGGUUAAAGCGGCAAAAAACGCUGAUUGGAUACAUAACUAAGUUGUUCUAACACAUGUUGUUCAUGUUUAAUGAGAGGUGUUGUGUUUUGUAAGAAUUAUAUGCUCUUAAAUCUAUAGACAGAUCACAGGAAUUUUUGCCUUUUUUUUUUUUGAUAUAUAUAUAAUUUAUAAUUUAUUUAUAGGCUAGUGUUGAAGCUUUUGUGUACACUGGUUCAAUUGUUCAAAUAAUAAAGAUUUUGU